GCGCGGCGCUUGGCGAUGCUGGGGCCCGUCCUGUGGCCUCGGUGACCCUCCGGGCCGGCCCCCGCCGGAGAGCCCGGCUCGUUCCGGUGUUCCGUCUGCGGACACGGGCUCUGCCCCGGCACCGGGGCCUCUCGGGGUACCGGGAACUGCCGGGCGGUAACGGGAAGGGACCUUUUGGCUCUGCGGCUGGGGCGUGAUGCAGCCUUAGGAAAUGCUUAUUUAUGUUUCAGUCCUUAUCCACCAUGUGUUUGUAUUUGUGAACUUAGUUCAUCCCGUUCUUUGUAUCAAGUGAUGCAUUUAAUGCCCCGGUGACAGCGUUGGUCAGCUUGCAGGAACGUAGUUAUGGGAAAACCUUUAACAAUCUGUAUUUUAUUUGCAGUCGUCCUGACUUUUUUUCUCUGGCGGGGGGAACGGGUUACAUUUGUAGCUGAAGAAACAAAUUGAUCUACAUGUGCUUCACUGUCCAUUGGAAGAAUGACAGAUGACAAAGAUGUACUUCGAGAUGUGUGGUUUGGGCGAAUACCGACCUGUUUCACUCUGUAUCAGGAUGAGAUAACUGAAAGGGAAGCUGACCCCUACUAUUUGCUUUUGCCAAGGAUAAGCUACUUGACACUGGUAACAGACAAAGUGAAGAAGCACUUUCAGAAAGUUAUGAGACAGGAAGAAGUUAGUGAAAUAUGGUUUGAAUACGAAGGCACACCACUGAAAUGGCAUUACCCAAUUGGUUUACUCUUUGAUCUCCAUGCAUCAAAUACAGCCCUUCCUUGGAGCAUCACAGUGCAUUUCAAGAAUUUUCCAGAAAAGGAUCUUCUACACUGCCAUUCUAAGGAUGUGAUUGAAGCUCAUUUUAUGGCUUGUAUAAAAGAAGCAGAUGCUUUAAAGCACAAAAGUCAAGUCAUCAAUGAAAUGCAAAAAAAGGAUCAUAAGCAAUUGUGGAUGGGAUUACAGAAUGAUAAAUUUGAGCAGUUUUGGGCAAUAAAUCGAAAACUCAUGGAGUAUCCUCCAGAAGAUAAUGGAUUUCGAUACAUCCCAUUUAGAAUUUAUCAGGCAACAACAGAGAGACCUUUUAUACAGAAGCUAUUUCGACCAAUUGCUUCAGGAGGACAGUUGCAUACUUUGGGAGACCUGCUAAAAGAUGUGUGUCCUAGCGCUAUCACCCCUGAAGAUGGAGAGCAGAAGACUCAAGUGAUGAUUCAUGGAAUUGAGCCAAUGCUGGAAACACCCAUUCAGUGGCUAAGCGAACAUAUGAGCUAUCCAGAUAAUUUUCUCCACAUUAGUAUCAUUCCCCGACCUACUGAUUGAAACUCAGCUGUAUUCCUAUGAGGAUCAUUCUCAAGCUGGAAUUCUAAGGGCAUGUCAACUUCUUGCUUCUGUCAGUCUUGACAGAGGCAGCCUGACCAGAAAAAAAGAAACCAACAAAAAGCCGAAACAAAACAAGAAGUCCUCACUGCUGUAAGCCAAACAGGAAGAGAGAUCCUAUCAUCAGAUAAAGGCAAUUGGGCUGAUCUUAUUUUGCAUCACUGCUGCGUUUGUUCACUGCUGUAAUUAAAUCAGUUGCGAUAUGAAAGAAUUUACAGGACUUCUGCAAGUCUGCUGUUUUCUUGUAAAAUAUAAUGAAGCUGAAACCGUCAGCCGAAGAGCAAAUGGAAAUAUGCCACUUGAUUGUAUUUCUGAUUAACAAAUAAACAGGGCUGUUUCCUAAAGAGGUAGUGUUUCAGCUUUGAGGGUGGAAAUAUUGGUUUAAUUUUCUAGAAAGUUAGACACUGAGAGAUUUGGUUACCAAUAGCUUUUUGUGAAAGAUCAAAUUACUGUAAAUCCAUCUUUCCUUAAUGAGAAGUUCAUGUUUACAGUAUAUGUAUUGGUAUGCAAAUGAUCUUUUAACUUUGAUAACAAGCAGUGAGAGAUUUUAAAGUAAGCUUGUGAGCAUGUUUUGUCAGUUAAAAACAUGCACAACUUAAUAAUUACAAAUACUCUUGAUUUGUAUGCUGUCACUGAAUACUCCAGUGUGUUUAUUAUUCAAACCAGUUUUCAUAGACUAGCAGCGAUGUAGGAUAAUUUGUCUCAGGAUUCAUCAUGGCAUUUCUUUGUGCUCAUGUAGUUUUGGUUGUUUUUUUUUUUCUUUAAGAAUAUAUUUUCUUAAUUUACUUUAAAAAGUUGUUUUUUUUAAAAAGCUACAUGGAUGUUGCAAACAGGAUUGUAUCCUGCUGUUUAUUCCCAUAGACUAGGAAACAGUUAAAUCAUAGAAUGAUGAACAGAUUGCUUUUUAAUGAUUUUGAAUUUUGGAAAGCUGAGGGUUUUCUAAGCUAAUACUUUGUUACAUCUGUGGUCCCUGUGCAAUCAGUCCACAAUUUGGAAGCUUCUAAUCUCAUUGCACAGAUUUUUUCUUAGUGUAGCAGAUGUAUUUUUAGGUUAUUGGAUCAUUUUGGUUUCUAAAUGUUCAUUACCAUUGCAGAUGCUACUCAAACUCUACCAAUUUUUUUUUCUGUUGCACUAAAUUCAUCAAACUCUGUGCACUAUUGCUUUGUCUGCAGUUUGUGGCUGUUUGUGACACAAAACUAUGUUUAUAGUAGACAUAUUAUCCAAUCUGUCAAAUAUUACCAAUAUAAAGAAAGCAUGAUAUUUUUCUUUCAGAAAUAGUGGCUGUCAAAGCUCCUGCUCACAAUCUUGGAUUGUAAAUGUCCCGGUAAUUCCCAGUGCUGUUCCCAUUCAUUCCCAUGCUCCCUUUAUGGCAGGAUACUUACCUGUAUCUGAAAAAGAAGAAAAUGAAAUCAGCCGAAUGAACAAAAACCUCUUUCUGAAGCAAGAGGGGAAGGAUCUCCAUGGGUGAGGAUAGGGUUGAGGCUAAGAAGAGCCCUGAGGGCAGAAAAAAUCUGUAGACAGAUUAGAUACUGUUUUAAAUGUUAAUGAGGAAAAUAGCAUUAAGGAAAUGGAAGGGUAAAGGUACUAAUGAAACAAACCUAUGCUGUAUUCUGCAGGACAUGAAAAAUUUUUAAAACAAAACAAACCAUGCUGGUCUGUGUUUAUGCAGAAUUGAAAUAUAAUAUUCUUAUGGUGGGAUGAUUUGGUUAAGUUAUUCUAAUUUCCAGUUCUGUUUGGAAUUUUUGUUACAGUGUUGGAUUGGCAUUUAUAAACUUCCUUAGGCACACAUAUCUAAAUAUUUUGGAGAUUUUCAAAGUCCUGCCAAUGGAUAAAGCAAAUAUUUUGUAGAGUCUUCAUAUUUAAAAAAAAAAUCUUUUGUAGGGAUAAUUUUUCCAUUAAUCAGGAUAAGAGGCAAUACAUUUCAAAAACUGUAGAGAUUGUGUUUCCUUUGUUUUAAGGUAAUCUGGAGUCAGUCACUGGCUAUUUUAAUGUAUUCUACACCAGCAUUUUAAGUAUACAGCUCUUCUUAUGGCCCGUAUUUGCCAGUAAAUCCGACUUUAAGGCCUAGCAUGGAACAAAGAAAUAGCUUGGCUUUAAAACGUACUCUUUCCUCUUACUUUAAAUAGUUAAACUUUAUUAAAAAAUAAAACAACAUUUGAGUCUGUCUUUAUUCCAGCUAAAUAAGGAUCUUUGUCAUGGAAUGAUGAGUAUUUACUUAAUAAGUAGGAACUUCUUAGAAGAGGUUCUUAGAAUGUCGUCACAUAUAGAUUGGGUUCUGAAUUAAAGCAGGUAGGUAUCUAUUCUGUGUUAAAAUAUCUGGUUUUGAGAUAGGCAUGGUGACAUUUUGAAAUGUCACGCUAAACCUGAGUAAUAUCUCUUGAGAGAGAGGUAAAAAGACAUUCAGAACUAGAUUUCAGAUUUCUGUACUUUCACAUUACACUAUAAAAUUAGCUUGUGGAAGAUGAGUUUAAAAUGGGGAAGAUGUUUUCUCUCCUUCCCUUGCCUUUCAUCUCUACAAUUCAAGUAAAUAAGUUUUUUUUAACUGUGAAAUGAAACACCAGUUUCUCUGAACUGAAGAUUGAAGAACAGAAAGGAAUACAAACCAGCUAUGCAAACAGCUACAUGAAUAGUUCGGUGUAUGUCAGCUUUUUAUAUGUACAAAAUAACUAGCAUUAUAUGGAGUUUAAAGGCAUGGCUUUAGUAGCAUUUAUAUGUAUGAAAACCACUUAGGGUAGAAAGAGAGGCAGUCAAACACCAUGUUAGGCUUGGAGGAUCUUGACUGCAAUUGAAACUGCCAAAAUGUGUCCAAUUUUAAAAUAGCACUUUCCACUGAAGAUGUUCAAAGCCUCAAUCCUUGCAUCAUUUCCCUAAUCUAGGGCAAUAAUAGAAUGAAUAUGUUGUGGAAACAAAUCCGUGCUCUAGCUACUAACACUCGUUACACCCUGAGCUCUCACCAUAACUGAGUGUAACAUGUUGGAAAGGGUAAAGCCAAUUUGCCAUGUCGUUUGCUUACAUCUGUUGGAAUGUGAAGGAUUGCUUGCUAGACUUUUGUCAAGUGUGUUUUGCAAGUUCACAAGCACUACUUAGAAACCUCUGGAAGUUUGGUUCUUUUUCAAAGAAAAUCAGGCUGUAGUGGGGGAAAAAACAAUCAAUAGCACUGUUCACUAAACCUGUCCCUUCAGUGGCUGCCUUACAGUGAAAGACACGUGGACAGAGUGCACGAGUGAGAGCUGCUGAUGCCUUAUUUUGUACAGAUAUGUUAUAAUUUCUCCUUGUGUAUAUUGUUACUUAGUGUCAUAACAAGCCAGACAACUUGUUAUUCUUUCAGCUAGACAGAGGCACUCAAGUAUUUUUAUUACUACAAAAUUAAAGCUCAGAAUGGAAAC